CUUGCUGAUCUGCAGAACGAUGAAGUUGCCUUUAGAAAAUUCAAGCUAAUUACAGAAGAUGUUCAGGGCAAAAACUGCCUGACUAACUUCCAUGGUAUGGAUCUCACCCGUGACAAAAUGUGUUCCAUGGUCAAGAAAUGGCAGACCAUGAUCGAAGCUCAUGUUGACGUCAAGACUACCGAUGGUUAUUUACUUCGUUUGUUUUGUGUUGGUUUUACUAAAAAAAGGAACAAUCAGAUACGGAAGACCUCUUAUGCUCAGCACCAACAGGUCCGCCAAAUCCGGAAGAAGAUGAUGGAAAUCAUGACCCGAGAGGUGCAGACAAAUGACUUGAAGGAAGUGGUAAAUAAGUUGUAAGUGUUCUUCCUUUUUAC